AUGACCAAAAUCCAACUCUUUCCAAAUUUCCAGACAACACUUCCAUCCACAUCACCAUACGUUCUCCAUCCAUACGAAAACGAACCUCCAAACGAUCCUGAAACACAAAAGGCUUUAAGAGUCUUAGGUGAUCAAAUUUUCAAAGAAAAUACAGUUUCAAGACAAUUCAUCUACAACACUAAGUUCAUUGUCCUUCUUAGACCAUUAGAAUACUUCCCAGACUAUGAGGGCAAGAAAUCAAUCUAUGGCUACGAUUGGUUUGCAGGACACUACGACUGGGGCACACUUCUCACAAAGGCACUCGAAAUCCAAGCCGAUUCAACUGAGAAGCAAGCUCUUUACAUGGUCCCAACACUCGGCCAAUCCCUCCAAGGCUCAAGACGUCAUGAUUUGACAUAUAACGUUUUCGUUACUCCAGAGAAUCUUCCACCAUUCACACAGUUAUGCGAGCGCAGACCACUUCCAGACGAUGGCAAGGAAGUAGAUUUAGACCUUGACAAGAAAUCAGAUCCAAUUUACUACAGAUCUCUUGAAUCUCUCGAUCUCGAGUGGAAGCACGCCUAUACAUUCGACAAGACAAUCGUUCCUGAUUUCCAAGAUUACUCAUUCAAAGUUUUCAUGUUCGGAGCUACAAAUAAAUUCAUUACAGGCCUUUCUAGAAUGCCAGAAGACCAAUUUAAUACAUGGUAUGAUAUUGUCAUGGGUAAUUUCCUUCCAUCUAUACCACAUCCUACAACAGGAGAUCAUGUAAUCAAUACUUUACCAUUAGUCAUUGUUGAUCCAGUAGAAUGCACUCCACCAUGCUACAGAAAGCUCAUGGAUACAAUUGACAAGGUAAAUAAUACAAUUGGCGGUGAAGAACGCGCAAUUAUUAAUACAGUUAAAUAUUGGCAGAUUUCUCCAGUCCAAAUCUCCGAAGCCUUGCCUAUUUUUAUCAAUAAUGGUCUUGCAAUUCCUGAAAAGAACAAGGAGUUCAAUCUUUUGUUCGCAGAUUUGUUUGUUGUCGUCAGAGAAUUCAUUGUUGAUGAAAUUUUCGCUAAUUUCUUACACAUUAAGAGAAAAUUAGUUCCAGACAAUCCAGAUGAUCCAGAAGAAAGAGAUAUCGCAGAAGAACCAGCAGAAUGGCGUGGCGCACAAGCAGAAAUCGAUUGGGAACUCGAUUACUUCGAUGAAAAAGCCAAAAAACUUUAUGGAUCAAGACCAGAAGUUAUGGCAGUUUUGAAGGAAUUGAAGGACCAAAUUCCAUUCUGGUUCGAGCGUGAUGACAUGCAGACAAUAUUCAAUGAGUUCAAGGUAUCUAUUACUAACGCUCUCAAGCAAAUGAUUCAGUCUGAGUCAUUCUCCGCUUACAUGGAAAUUUCAAAGAAGGAAAACAGUAAUCCAGUGAGAAAUGAAUGGUUAAAGAAGUACUACAACAGUGAAGUUUCAUUCUGCAUGUGGCCAACAAUUUACAAAGUUACUGGACCACUCGAAAAGGAUACAAACGAAUUACUCGUGAAGACAGAAAGUGAAUUACUUUCAACUGCUCACGUGUCAAUCCCAGGUGUAAAAGGAAUUGUUCUUCCACCUAAAUAA